AUGAAAUUAAUUUCUAUACUACCCAUAUUUGCUGCCAGUGGCUCCUGGGCGUUAGACUGCUCUCAAAUUCCAGCUUCACAAAUUUAUGCUGGCAACCAGAUUUUCAUACCAGGACCAUCUAAAGAAUUGCAACCAUUGCCAGCAAAUUUUAAUUGUGUUUAUAAAAUCACUGUUCCAGUGAAUGCUACCAGUGGUCUAUACGCACAUGUUGUGUUGAGAAAUGGAUUGAAAGGUGUCAAUGAUUAUAUUAUUGUUACAGACAUGACGGGUCUCCGGACUAUUCAUAACAACCGGACCGGGAUGAGAAACUUCGAUUUGGAAUACAAAGUGAUACCCGGUGCUCAGAUGAGUAUUCAAGUGACCACGAAAACAAACAUUGGUCCGACGAUUCAAAUGAAGACUGGAUCUGAGAUGAACUACUAUCGGUUGUCUGCCGCCAUGAGCGAUGGAUCGGGUGUGUUUAGUUCGGUGACAAUGGUUGGGAAUGAGCCGAUCGCAAUGAGCUACCCAUUGAAUAUUGACAACCUGAACAUCUAUUCCAAUAUCUAUAUCAUCGAAGGAACUCUCACCAAUCAAACCAGUAUAUAUAAAAUGACUAACAAAGAAGUCGCAACUUCUACCAAUGCUAUCACAAUAGUAGCUUUCGAUGACGGAUUUUAUCCACUCGUUUUCAACACAUUGUCUGAAAUGGAAUCGCUUGCCAUGCUCUUAUCCAUAGCAGCCCCCCGUUUUGCUCCAUACCAAUUCGGGAUAGAUCUUCUCCCCACGCCAGAUGUUGUGUGGACUGUGGAAAUUGUGAAUUUUGAUGGCACAGGGAUCACAAUGACGGAUUGUAUGGUAAUGAGUGAAACAUGUGGAGCCUAUGUUCUGGAUGGGCCUCCCAACAAUUCCUCAAAGGUUUUGCUUGACUUGUCGUCUGCUAAAAUGCCACAUCGUUUUGAUUUGAAGUAUAUAACAGUUAUGAUUAAGAAUUGUGAUUUAUUGUUCGAAGUCGUGCAGCAUUGGCUUUGA